GUCAGCUGAGGAGAAAGUUCACUGUCUGCAUGACAGUCUCCUCUGAUUUGAAGCGCACCAUGGCGAGCACCAAAGGCGCAGUUUGCCCGGCCGGACAGGGUCAGCUGCAGGACUCCUCGGAGUCGGAAUCGGAGCCGGAGCCUGAGCCCGCUCGGCUCGUCGGUGUCGGGCCGUCCACCGGCUCUUUCCCCUGCGCCCAGGUCAUCCACAGCGGACACUUCAUGGUGUCGUCGCCCCACAGCGAUUCCGCGGCGCGCAGGAGGAAGAGCGGCGGGUCUCUGCAGUACGACUUCGACACGGUGAACAGGACGUGGUGCCUGACGUACCGGUACGGGCCGUUCAGCUCCGGGAGCCUGAGCAUCGACCCAACUCUGACCCGCUUGUUUGAGUGCAUGUCCCUGGCCUACAGUGGUAAAAUAGUCUCCCCCAAAUGGAAGUCUUUCAAAGGUCUGCGAUUGCUGUGGAGGGAUAAGAUCCGUCUGAACAAUGCGAUCUGGAGAGCCUGGUUCAUUCAGUAUGUGGAGAAGAGGAAAAGCCCAGUGUGUGGGUUCUCCACCCCGCUGGAGGGCUCGGAGGCAGACGCACAUCGAAAGCCUGAAGCGAUUAUAUUAGAGGGCAGCUACUGGAAGCGAAGGAUUGAGGUGGUGAUCAAGGAGUAUCACAAGUGGAGGAUUUACUACAAGAAGAGGCUCCAGAAAAAGAAAGAUGAUAUUCUAUCAAUGCUACAAGAGGGUCAGAUCUGCCAGGCCAAGCUGGAAAGGCGGUCCAAUCAGAUCUACCAGGAGACUGAGGCUGCCCCGGUGGAGGCCCACAUGUUCGACCUGGACUGCCUUCUGUCCGACAUCUCCGACACCCUGUUCACCAUGACGCAGAAACCAUGUCCCUGGGCCAGCGACCGACACAACACGUACACUAACAAUGCUGAUAUCAUUCAGCCGGGCCUUACCCCGCUGCAGCCCAACCUGGAUGAUUUCAUGGAUAUUCCAGAUAUCUUCAUGAAUUACCGGGGCCAGCCCACCGAGCAGACCGGUUUUGCUGACUGUGGCUAUUUUGAGAGCUCAUCCAGCUCGGCAUUUGCUCCAGUUCCCUCCCCCGUGGUAACGGCUCCUCAGCUACUUAUCGACACCCAGCUGGCUCAGCCCAACCUGUCAUCUGACAGUUUGCCCCAGCCCUCUACAUCCAACACACGCCCAGACCAGAACAGGCCAGAGGAGGAUUGCGGUGAAUACCACUCAUCUGGCAUCAUAACGGGAGCCAUGCCGUAUGGACAUCAGUCAUACCACAAUGCACCAGCCACUGUAACCUUUACAAGCAGCACAGAGCAGCCGGCCUGUGCAAGUAUUCCUUUUGUGUACCCGCUGCCCUGCCACAAGUUUGGCUACUACACAACGACAAAUUUGACGUCCACUGUCAUCACUCACACGGCCUCUACCACCGGGGGUCAGGGCUCUGCACACCAGACUCACGGCUACCAUCACGCAGGGGACACUUACUCUCAGCCUCCCUGCCAGUCUCUCAGUUACCCGGCUGCUGUAUCCAACCCGGUUCACGCGGUGCAGCCCUCCGUCACUGCAGCCCACUGCUUCUCCGUCCCGGAGCAGGUGGCCGUUACAGGGGUGCGAGGGAAGCACAAGCAAAAAACGGGGGGAGCGAGGACAGCCGGUCCCUCCGUGGUGCCAUCUGGCCCCCCGUCCACCACCCCCACAGCCACUAGUUGCCUGGCUAAACUGCUGUCCUCCAGCGCCCAUGAACGAAAGCCAACACUAGGAUUUGAUACUGCUUUAGUGACAGCCAAGGGUCAGAGGUCAUCAUCUCCCAGCACUUUGACAACCUCCAGCACACAUGUUGUUGACGCUUCAUCGCAACUGCGGCAUGGAGCUGGCUGGCCUGCAGGGAUCCCCGUGUUGACCCCUCUGCACAGUCAGACUGCCACCCUGGGCCACAGCGGACCUCACGCCAGCACCUCCAGAGGCUCGGCGGUGUCUGCCCUGCUCACCCACGGCUCCACGCACACCAGCACAACCCUCCUCGUACCCAAGACCGAGAAGCUUUCGCCUGUCCAGCUAUAUGGCACAGACAGGAGCAGCUUAAGUGUGAACUUUCCAGCACAUCCAGGCCAAACAUCACCACCAAACCCGUUAGACAAAGCCUCCAAUCCUGAGUCUCCACAUUCAGGCUUCUCAGGACAUGGGAAAAUUGAAUCAAGUAAGCAAACGGAGACCAGGAGGAUAACUCACAUCUCUGCAGAGCAGAAGAGGCGUUUCAACAUCAAACUGGGAUUUGACACUUUACAUAACCUCGUGACAACCCUGAGCUCUCAGCCGAGCAUAAAGAUCAGCAAAGCCACCACACUGCAGAAGACUGCCGAGUACAUCGGUAAGAUGCAGCAGGAGAGAGCCCAGCUGCACGAGGAGGCUCAGAGACUCCGGGAGGAGAUCCAGCUCCUGAACUCCGCCAUCAACGCGUGCCAGCAGCAGCUACCAGCCACAGGUGUCCCUAUCACACGGCAGCGCUUUGAUCACAUGAGGCAGAAGUUCAGAGAGUAUGUCCGGGCCCAGACUCUACAAAACUGGAAGUUCUGGAUUUUCAGUAUAAUCAUUGAGCCACUGUUUGAGUCCUAUAAUGGAAUGGUGUCCACCGCUAGUGUGGAGGAUCUGUGUCGAUCCACUCUGUCCUGGCUGGAUCAGCACUGUUCCCUGCCUGCCCUGAGGCCCAUGGUUCUGAGUUCACUCCGUCUCCUGAGUACCACCACGUCCAUCCUUACAGACCCCAGCCUGUUGCCAGAGCAGGCCACACUCGCUGUCACUCAGGGUGACCCUGCUGCUGUCCUGGACCACUCCUUACAGCCCGCCACUCAGUAGUAAUAUACACCCCAUGUGACCUUUGAAGAGCAGACUCAGUGGAAAGCCAUCACAAGGCUCAGGGGACUAGGGCUCAGGGGACAACUGUGGAACCGUUUAAAGAGACUCAAGACUGAUAAUACUGUACAAUCUUAUUUCCAAUAAAAUCCAACCAGCUGCAAAAAAAAAAAAAAAAAUGGAUUCUAGUAC